UUGCGUUACAGUCAGCUGUGGAGGCUACCAGCUAUAAAAUGCGUGUACUCGGUUUCCAGAGGUACUCAACAACACGCCGUUCUCUGCUACCUCAGCAAGGAUGUUCAAGCUUGCGGUUGCUCUCAUCUCUUUGGCCUCUCUCGUCACGGCACAGGUCCCCGUCUGGGGACAGUGUGGUGGCAUUGGUUACGCUGGCUCGACAGUAUGCGCCGCUGGCAAUGUUUGCACUGAGUACAGUGCAUACUACAGCCAGUGUAUCCCAGGCUCGAACUCGGCUCCGCCGCCGCCGCCGCCUCCGACGACCACAGUCAGCAGCCCUAGCUCGUCGAGCGGCACGGGCACUGCGCCCACAGGCCUCUCGUCCAUCCCUGCCUCGACGCUCUUCCAGUUCAGCAACUUUGGCACGAACCCGAACAACGUGGCGAUGUAUGUCUACAAGCCGAAAAAGGUCCAAUCCUCGCCACCUCUGAUCGUAGCAAGCCACUACUGCCAGGGUUCUGCGCAAGCGUACUACUCAGGCUCUAAGUUCGCUCAGCUCGCUGAGACCUACGGAUACGUCGUCAUCUACCCGUCCUCGCCUCACUCUGGCACCUGCUGGGACGUGUCCUCCGAUGAGACGCUCAUGCAUAACGGCGGUAGCGACUCGCUCUCCAUUGCCAACGCUGCCCGCUUCGCCGUCAGCAACUGGGGCGUCGAUCCGAACCGCGUCUUCGCUGUCGGCACGUCCUCCGGUGCAAUGAUGACCAGCGUGCUUGCUGGUGCCUAUCCCGACGUCUUCAAGGCCGGCAUCGUUGACUCCGGUGUCGCAUUCGGCUGCUUCGCGGUCACCGGUCAGCCGGAGGACAGCUGGAACUCUCAGUGUGCCGAAGGUCAGCUCAUCCUCACUGGUCAGCAAUGGGCCCAAAAGGUCACAGCUGCGUACCCCGGCUACACUGGCGCACGCCCGAAGAUGCAGGUCUGGCACGGAACUGCCGACACCACUCUCUAUCCUCAGAACUUCUACGAGGAGAUCAAGCAGUGGACGACAAUCUUCGGCUACCCGAGCAACCCCAUCUCCAACGCCACCGAGUCGUACCUGCCCGGAGGCUACUCGAACGCGACCUAUGGCCCCGACUUCCAGGCGAUCCUCGCCCAGGGCGUCGGUCACACCGUUCCGCUCUACGAGCAGCAGUACCUCCAGUUCUUGGGCAUCGCGUAAAACCGUCUCGGGAGUGGUCGUAAUCAUAAUGUCCUGCUGUAGCUCUGUGAAGCGUAGUAGCAUACCUCUGUACUGCUUGUUCAAAAUAUCAGUCACCGGGACCCGGGUCGGGAGUCUGAGU